UAUCGACAGGCAGGGAAAGCCCUCAAACAGUAAGUACAGUGUCUCCGGUCCAGACCCCGCUCCGCACUCUGCUGGCUCUACUCUGUGGGCUGCGCCUGUAAACGGACAGAAGAACACUUCAAGACAGCAAGUCUGAGCUGUAGCACUGAUUUGCUUUUAGGGGGACAUGGCUGAUGGAAGUUCAAACGACUCGUCCACCGUGGACGUAGCGAACAGGUUUGCUCGCAAAGGUGCUUUGAGGCAAAAAAACGUCCAUGAAGUCAAGAACCAUAAAUUCAUAGCCCGGUUCUUCAAGCAGCCGACUUUCUGCAGCCACUGCACCGACUUCAUCUGGGGGUUUGGAAAACAAGGAUUCCAGUGCCAAGUUUGCUGUUUUGUGGUCCACAAAAGGUGCCAUGAGCUUGUCACGUUCUGCUGCCCAGGGGCAGAUAAGGGACCCGACACAGACGAUCCCAGAACGAAGCACAAGUUUAAGAUCCACACCUAUGGGAGCCCCACCUUCUGUGACCACUGUGGCUCUCUGCUGUAUGGCCUCAUCCACCAGGGCAUGAAGUGCGACUCCUGCGAUAUGAACGUUCAUAAGACGUGUGUUAUGAACGUGCCCAGCCUGUGUGGAACCGAUCACACCGAAAGGAGGGGGCGUGUGUUCCUAAAGUGUGAGGUCACCGGGGAAAAGCUGCAGGUCACAGUGGGUGAAGGCAAAAACCUGAUCCCCAUGGACCCCAAUGGCCUGUCUGAUCCAUAUGUCAAGCUCAAGCUCAUUCCAGACCCCAAAAAUGAGACCAAGCAGAAGACCAAAACCAUCCGCUCCAACCUCAACCCCAAAUGGAACGAGACCUUUAAUUUCAAGCUGAAGCCUACAGAUAAGGACCGCAGACUGUCAGUGGAGGUGUGGGACUGGGACCGGACCACUAGGAAUGACUUCAUGGGGGCCCUUUCCUUUGGUGUAUCAGAGCUCAUUAAGGCUCCAGUCUGUGGCUGGUACAAGUUACUGUGCCAGGAGGAGGGGGAGUACUACAAUGUUCCCAUCUCAGAGGAGGAUGAUGGGAAUGAGGAACUGAGGCAGAAGUUUGAGAUAGCCAAGCUAGGCCCACAUAAGAAGGUCAUCGAGAAUGAGACGGACGGCAGCCACCCUAAGCCUUCCAACAGCCUGGACCAGGUCAAACUCUGCGACUUCUCCUUCCUGGCUGUUCUUGGAAAAGGCAGCUUUGGCAAGGUCAUGUUGGCAGAGAUGAAGGCCACUGAAGAGCUGUACGCAAUAAAGAUCCUGAAGAAGGAUGUGGUGAUCCAGGACGAUGACGUGGAAUGUACCAUGGUGGAGAAGAGGGUUCUGGCCCAACAGGACAAGCCGCCCUUCCUCACACAACUCCACUCGUGCUUCCAGACUGUGGAUCGUCUGUACUUUGUCAUGGAGUAUGUGAAUGGGGGAGACCUGAUGUACCAUAUCCAACAAGUGGGCAAGUUCAAGGAACCUCAGGCAGUGUUCUAUGCAGCAGAGAUCGCUGUUGGUCUUUUCUUCCUGCACCUCAAAGGAAUCAUCUACAGGGAUCUGAAGUUGGACAAUGUGAUGCUGGACGCUGAGGGACACAUUAAGAUUGCCGACUUUGGCAUGUGUAAAGAGAACAUGGCAGAAGGAGUGUCCACGCGCACCUUCUGCGGCACUCCAGACUACAUAGCCCCAGAGAUCAUUGCAUAUCAGCCAUAUGGACGCUCUGUAGACUGGUGGGCAUAUGGAGUUCUGCUCUACGAAAUGCUGGCAGGACAGCCUCCAUUUGAUGGCGAGGAUGAAGAUGAGCUGUUCCAGUCCAUUAUGGAGCACAACGUGUCCUACCCCAAGUCCCUGUCCAAAGAAGCUGUCUCCAUCUGCAAAGGGCUGAUGACCAAGCACCCGUCCAAGCGUCUGGGCUGUAGCUCUGAGGGAGAGAGGGACAUCAGAGAACACGCUUUCUUCAGACGCAUUGACUGGGAACGCCUCCAGAAUAGGGAGAUACAGCCGCCCUUCAAGCCCAAAGUGUGUGGGAAAGGAGCAGAGAACUUUGACAAGUUCUUCACACGCACCCAGCCCAUGCUCACACCACCAGAUGAGCUGGUUAUCGCCAACAUCGACCAGGCCGAGUUUGCAGGGUUCUCUUUCAUCAAUCCACAGUUUGUACACCCGUCCCUCUGUAACAGCCUAUGAGAAGGAUGGAGAGACCUCAAAGAAGAACCUCCCUGCUCACUGCCACCCACUUAGACCAACUUCCAACCUACCAUCUGACCACAACUUCAUCAAUGCCCAAGAUAACCCUUUAUGUAUUGGUUUUAUUCAUAAGCAGCAUUUUAGGGCAUGCAAAUUUGUUCUGUAUACAAUAUAUUUGCUAGUAGUAGUAGAUUAGAUUGGUUCUUGGCCAUCACAAGAAAUAACUUCCCUCAAUAAGUUUAACAAUGAGCAUGUAGUGUAGACAAGGAAGUCCUUAUUUAACGCUGCAAUCUGUGUUGAAGGUUUACCAUAUCUGGAGGCACUGAGACAGAAGGGAUUUUAUUUAUCUACAGUAUGCCAGUAUAUGAAAUUGAAAGAAUAAAUGAAUAUAUGUCUGUAAAUUAUAUAAACAAGAGCAUAUUACAAGAGCAUUUAAGGCAUGGAUUAACUAAUUCUGGAAAAGAUGCCCUUGGAACUUCUCGUGCUUAGAAAUCUAAAUGGAUAAACAUUAUGGACUACAGAUCUAGAUGGAUGGUUGGUUUUAAUGAUCACUAUAUAUUAAAUAUUUCUCACUAUAUAUAUAUAUAUAUAUAUAAAUAAUUAUAGCCAAAUAUGAAGGACAGGUGGUUGUGAUUCAGUUUUUCCUAUAUCAAGUUUACAGUUUUCUAGCCCCUUUUCAAUUUCAUGGUGUAAAAUUCUAUUUUAGUACAAUUUAAUUCUUGCCAGUCUUCUGAACUUCUAGUGUGCGUAGCAAAUAAACUAAAGAAUUAUGUCAUUAAAUAAUAUGGAGCCUGUAAAAAUGCAAACUUGUGAGACACGUAUGAAAGUGUGCCAGGUUUGGUUCCAAUUUGUCAAAACUUAACUUAGCUUAACUGUUAUCACACAACUUCUCAUUCACACACCAAUUUUCUAACCCGUACUUGAGCUGCAGUUUGUGUACUUCCCCUGUGAGAUAAUUUUGUGGACAUUAUGGGGACACACGGGGUAAAUGGCAACCAGUUUUGUGUGUGGGCAGUGGCAGAACAUUCUUCAUUCAGGAAAAACAACAAACCUAAAACGUUUACAGUUUGUCAAGUUUUAACACUAGUCAGUGUUAACCACUGUCUCUGUCCCAUGCUCUGCCCAUAACUAAAAAAUAACCUAACAGAAACAGUAAAGACAUUUUGAUAAACUGUUGUUUGUGUUAAGAAUAUAACGUUAUGUUGUUGUGUAUUAACCAUGCAAUGUUAUAUUGCAUACAGUAUCAUGCCCAGUAUCACAUUUGUUAGGUUUCUUGGAUACAAAAGUUGCAAAUCAAAAGGAGAAUUUCUUCUGCUAAUGCUUUGUUGUCCUUUAUUAGGAAUAUGGCAACACAAUCAUUAUUAGCUUAAUCGCUAUUUGGCAUCCCUUUUUGUUUCUUGUAAAAAAGUCUUUAAAAAUAGAUUAGUUUUUACUAUCCUCUUAUUUUGUGAUCUCAUACAUACUUUUCCAUUAGAAUACAUCACUAUUUUAAUGUAUCUAAUAUCAGUGCAUAACUCCUUUGUAAAUAAUCAUGAGUUAUUUGAAAAGAGUAUAGCAAGUUACAGUUUUUAUACCAACACCUGAAUGUGCUUUUACUACAUUAUAUAUAUCUGCUCUACUGUUUUGGCAGAUUUAUCAAAUCUUUUCUUUAUUCAUAUUCAUUGAUUUUGACAGCAAAUUGUUCGUUGAUUGGAAGCGUGUCUGGCUGUUGACUGCCCUUCUGUAUCUGCACGCUGUUGGUAGGCAUCAAUCAUGCACGUGAUCCACUAAAUGCUGCAUGCUAUAAGUAUAAAACCUCUAAGAGUUACAACCUCAAAGUGAUGCCCCACUCAAAAUCUAACUUUAGAGGUAAGGGUCACCACAUGUAGUCUUUAAAGGUUUUACUUGUUUCAUCCUUUUGUAAGGAAUAAUGGUUAGCUUAAAUCCAUGUUGACUACAAUGGAUUCCAAUAGUUUUUCAUUGUAGGAAAGAAAGUGUCAAAAUGCGUAAUAAGCCACUUUUUCACUGUGUCUGUAUGUGUCUGUUUAUUUCAUAUUUAUAUGGUUUUGCUCAAAUGCACUGUUUCCCUCUCAGUCCUCACGCCCAACUCCUUACAACUCCUUAUGUCACUUUGCUUGUAGGUCUGGUCAGGGUCCGUGGCUGGUAAAUGUUUGAUACUUAAAAGUUCGAUUUAGGGUGGAGUAUCACUGUAAGCAUGGAUCUAGAUUGGUCAAAUUUAAGGUGACCAUUACAAACCACAGUCCGAUAACCUCAUUUAAACCAGCUAGACUCUUUGAUGGAUGAUUGCAGGGUACUAUGCUGCACACAAAGUCAAGUUUCAAUUAUACAGUCUUGCAACAGAAAUGAAGCAUUGAUUUGUAAGCUAUGUGUGAAAGCUAGAAUGAGGAACAACAGUGAUUUAGCCAAAAGAAUGCAGAUCGAUGGAGCUAAAGAACAUAGAAUAGACAUUCAUUACAGUUUUAAAUUUAAAUAGAUACUAAUACUAAAAUGACUUAUUAAAAGACUUUCCUGAGACAUAGUCCCUGGUUCUAUAUUAUUGCUCAUUUCUGAAGUAGCUUGCAUAUCUAAAAAUAAUACUGUUGCCCCUGGUUCCUUUAGCCUUUACCUUUUUCGGGCGAUGUGGAUCACUGAAUUGUGACUCAGAAGCACUGCUUGUUGCUAGCAUACCAGUAGGACCACUCACUCUCUAGUGUCUCAUGAAUGGGGUUUAUAUUAUAAUCUUAAUGUUGUGUUGUUGUCAUUUUGUGAAAUUAGUUAAUUUUAUUGUUGUUGGUUUCUUUUGUUGUUGUUUUUUUGCUUUUGCUUUUGUCAGUUGUUGUCAGCAUCAGUUUUAUUUCUCUAGCUUCUGCUCAAGAAAUUCAGGAAUGUUCCAAAGCAUAUAAAUGUUUGUAAUUUUUUGUCCAUGUUUUUCUAAGAGUUGUGCUCUCCUACCGUGUUUCCUAUAGUAUAUAACCUUUUGCAUGUGCUAGACGUGGAAAACCAGAACCAGACAGCGUUGCACUAGCUGUAGUUACAUGGAUGACGACAACUUCUCCCUGUGCAGGCUCAGGCCUGUCACAUCUGCUGUUCACUCUGUUAGCCCCAAAACAUAUAUGGUAGCAUGCUGCCCUGAGUAUACCAGUGCACAUUGUGUCAGUACACUUUACAAUGCCAGUCAGUUUGAUAGACGACUCUUUAUACACAGUACUAAAUUUAUUAAUUGCUUUACAAUCAGUGAAUUUCACAGAAGUGAGAGAAAAUAUUUCUUGUACAUACUCAGUUUACUCAGCAACAGUCCUGCCCCCGUCUGAGCCUAACGUGCACCUCUGUAUGUGCUGAUUUAACAGUCUAGAUGCAUCCCUUUAAUACAAUCUCUGAUGACUUGCUUCCCAAUCUUCUUUCUUCGUAGAAAUAUUUUCAAAAUGUCAAGUCAUAGUCAAUGUCUGCAUGGAAAGAUCACUUACUCUUCCCUUGUGUGCCUUUCCCAACAAAUAUACUGUACGUCUUCUUAAUCUUCGUCAUUGCUCAAUCUAAACUCUCUACUCCAUUUUUACUCCAUAUGUUUACUCCACUUACUGUUUUUAACCCAUUGUCAAAGUAGCUUGGUUAAGUUAAUUUACUUAAUUUUACGUGUUUCAGCACAUCUUCAAUGAAUGAAUGUGAAUAAAAGUAAAACGAAAAAACUGUAUGCUUUUUUUCACAUAAAUGGUCCAUCACCUGGUCUGUAAAUCAGAAUUUUAAGCACAUUUUGUUGACUGAGGCCAACAACUUGACUCAUCCUCCUGUGUCUGCUUGCUUUACCUUUACCUCCCUGUGCCUAUCAAUGACUGAAUGAUGUAGUGAGUUAACUAAUAUACGUAUCAACAAUAUCAGAGGAUGAUAUUCGGGAGGUGAAGGAACAAUGAACAGGUGAUAGAAGGGGUUAAGUCAAAUGGUGAAAGGAUAUAUGAUUAUGGUUUUCUUGUAGGACAACAUCUGUGCCUCGUCACAUUGAACCAUCCCUCCCUCGUCGUCUCUUGCACUCCCUCUCUUUCACUCUACCUGUUCCUCUUUCCUCAGUGCCUGGGCCAAGUCAAGCCGUGAUCUUAUCGACAGUGUCCUCCUCUUUUCACCCUUUAAAUCCCAUCAGGUCAGGAAAGCAGCUGAUUUUUUCUUGUGCAAUUCACUCAACACAGUUGGCAUCAAUUCCACCCUUUCAACUGAUCUAUUGGUCCCACUAAUGCACCCUGGAAAAGGAGUUAGCCAAAUGUAUUUGGUGUUUUGUUUGUUUACAUUCUGUUUGAUGUCAUCACCUCUUUUGUUUUUAAUUUAAUAGAUUAUGAUGGCCAGAAAAACAUGAAGUUACUUUCUGGUGUAAAAAUUUUAUCUUAAAUGUAAGGUUUUGAGAGAAAUCUGUUAUGAUUUGUUUUUUUCCUAAUUGGCAUUUCUUAAUAUACUCCUUUCAGGUACCUGUUUGUUUUAGAAGAAUUUUGUUUAAUGUCUUUCUUCUUUGCAGUUAGUCAUUACUUUCCGCUGCGUUCUGUUCACUGUGAAAUGAGAGAGUUGAAGUGAGCUGCCAUCUUUUUGGCCGUACAGGGCACAGGAUCAAGGAUGUGCAGGAAUGCCUUAUUCCUUAACCCACACAAUAACAAGGUCUCCAACUCUCCUCUCUUUGUCCAUUUAUCAUUGCAGUACCCCUGUCCUUGUACAUAAAUGACUUGCAUAGAUCUACAUAGAUUGUAAAAGAAAGAAUAUAUUGUAUUUUGACAAUGGUGUAUGUAUGUUUGUUUCCUUCCCGUGUCAGCCUGAAACCUUUAAAAUGUGUCUGAGCUUACCUUGUAACCGAUUGUGUCAUUUGUACCUAAUGUAUGAUAAUGCAAAUAAAAAAAACGGAAAAUGAGA